AGGCCUAUUUAGUCUCCCAGGGUUAUAAAAAUGGAAGGCAACAUGAGCAAGGUGAUGAGUUUGCUGAGCGAAUUAUCCCUCUCAGACGAGCCAAAGAAACACUUGAUAGAACUUAAGACAACACUCAUAACACUCACAGCGCCAAGAAUAAAGGAGCUGCCGUCAAACUUAAAUCUCAACGUUUUGUUUGACAGUUUUAACAGCUCAGACAGUGAACAGGUAGAACUGACAGUGGACAUAUUGACUCACUUACUACCCUUUGUGAGUCCGAAAGAAGUUGUAGAAAGAUUUUCAGAGCAUCUGUUACGUGGCUUGGCUCACCCACAUGAAAAAGUUCGAACUUUGGUGCUCAAAGAGAUCCAGCUUUGUUCAGAUACUGACACGGGUGUCAUGUCAGUCGUCUCCGAUGCUCCCCUCUUGCUGGGCGUUGUGAGCGGCCUGGGAGACUCGUCCCUUGGAGUGGUCAAAGUUGCCUGCGAUACACUGCUGACUGUAUGCAAACAAACAGAAGGAAUUAGGGCAGUGUUUUCAAGCGAAUCUGUGUCCACUAUGCAAUCAGUCAUGGCAAAAUCAGAUUCAUGCAGGUUUAAUGUGUACGAUAUGUUGGUUCAAGUGUGCUUGCUGGGAGACUUGGCAAUGAGCACAGUCUCCAACUCAGGGCUCCUAGACCGCCUGACAGCUGAGGUCACAACAGGAGACGUGUUGACACAGCUCAAUGCGCUGGAACUCCUCACCACCCUGGUUGUGUCAAGGGAUGGCAUGGCCCUCUUGCAUCGUGCAGGGGUUGUUGCUAAGCUGCAAUACCUCCUCUCCCUGGCCGAGAAUGACCCAAUGGCUGCUCUGCUCAUGCCUGGUUUGAUCAAGUUCUUUGGGAAUAUGGGCCACAGCCAGCCCCGCAGGAUGGUUGAAGAGUAUGGGUCUGUCAUGGUGAUGAUUCUCAGACUUGCAGCUGGAACACUGGACCUUGGAGAUCCCACUUUUCAGCUGGUGGCCAUUGAGACAGUGGUGCACAUUGGCAGUUCUCCGGAAGGGAUUCUUGCUCUGGCAAAGUUCAAGACUGAAAUGGACGAGGUGCUAGAUGUCAUUGGGACCAAGAUGCGAACAGCCCCUACAGAUCAGCGAGUUAGGAUCCUAGAAGCACUGGCGCAGCUCUUUACUGUGGAGCAGGAGGAUCAGUCAGAAGGAGUGGUGGGUACGUUGGAGCUAUGGUGGCCGGGCGUGGCGGGAGUCAACUUGGAGAAACUAAUGGCAGUGGCACGGCAGCCGUUUGCCGACCUACACUGUGCAGCUCUUAAGGUUCUCAAGGCUUUGGCCUACCUGGACUGGGGGCAGAAACUCAUUCGUUCAGAACCAGGGCUUGUGGAGUACAUCUUGAACCGAGCAACAGAAAAUGAGAGCUCAGGCAAGGUAAUGAAGUGGGAGAUAGUCAAGACCCUUGUUCUCUCCGGCACAGCCUCCUCCAUCUUUGAUGAGUUCCAGAUGGAGCAACUGAAUAAGUAUUACCGCCAGGGGGUGUUCUAUGUGGAGACACAAGUGGAGGUGGCCAUGGAAGGGGAGAACUGAUGUGUCUUAAGGGUGUGUUACGGUGCCAGAGAAGGGGACUCUUGCAAAAUUGUGAUUGGAGUUCCUUGUGUAUGCAUUAGAGGAAUUCUAUAUAUGACAGCACAUUGGAUUUUCUCACCAUUUUCUAUGUGUUCUUUCUUCCCCCUUCUUUGUGUCUCAUUAUACAUUUGGCUUCAUUUUAUAAAUGUAUAUUUUGGUCAUUUAUGUAAAUAUAAAAUCAAAGUUGUUUUCUCUGAAUGAUGAGUGAUUUACCAAACAUACAUGUAACAAAGACUAGACAUGUUUCUCCUUCUUCUUCUUCAUUUUCUUCUCAUCUUCAUAUCAGCUGAAAUAAGGAUUGAUUUGGCUCAUUCAGGAUUUUCAUUCCUAGUGGGCGAGUACUUUUAUCUUUUCUUUUUCUCUCUCUCUCACUUUUCUUAAGUGUAAAGUGUUCAUGAACCAGCAAGUCAUCAAGUGAUUCUUUAUGACUGAUGAUUUUUCUUCAAUGAGAUAGAGAAGAAAAUAAAAACAAAGAUAAAAAACAAAGAUAAGGAAGCGUGGCCUUUUUUGUAUUUAAUUAAUAAUCCCAUCUGAAAGAAUUUUAUACAUAGGGAUUGGUAGGUAUGAAUUAGUGUUGUUUGUAAAUAGUUUAUGAUAGAUUAUAAUACCAAAGGAGUAUUAAACUUGCAACUAUAUUUUUUACCUAAUUAGUGAUGAAAAUGUACCAGCAGGAAGAGAAAACGUUUAGCUAGCUAAGUGAACCCAGACUUUGUUUAUAGAUAAAGCAAUCUUAAAGGUUGGACAUGAAGAAACAGUUGAAAUUGUUGUGGAAUAUAAUACCAAAGGAGUGUUGUCUUCUAGCUGUAAUUUCUACCUAAAAUUAUCAGUAAAAACUUAUUAAGUGGAAAGGAGACUUCCAGAAUCUCAGGAUCUACUUCUGUAAACUACAUUGUUCACUCGCUCAAUAAAGCAGUCAAGAGGAAAUAAGUUUUUUUGUUGUAGAUUAUAAUAGGUUGAUCAAACCAGUGAAAUAUGUGUAAAUUCUCAAGAAGACAAGUAGUUUUGUUAUUGAUAAACAUUGGAAUGUUUAUGGAUAUGUUUACGAAUUCAGCUUCUGUAAUAUCAUCUGGUGAAAUGCAUACUUCAGUUGUUCAUCUAUACAUAUUUGUAUAGGUUACUGUAAUUUCAUGGUGAAGCACAUUUAAUGAAAGGAUUCUGUGAUAAGAAUAAUGUAGUCAUCUGAUUUUUAUAAUAAAAGUUUGAGGCUG